UAGCGGGUGGUAUUAUCAGUGGAUGUGAAGAAAGAAGAAAAAAACUGAGGAGAACAAAGAAAUCAGAGUGUAUUUAAAGAGAAGUCGCCCCAGAUCCUGGAGCCGUGUAACUCCCGGCACUGCACACCACACACAGCUGCGCCAAACCUGCUUGUGCACCACCACCGCCACCACCUCAACCUCCACCUCCUCCACGGCUCCGGACGGCGGCCAGGAUGCGGACUUCUCUGGUCGCGUGCUGCUGCUUCUUUGCGCUGCAGUGCUUCCCGAGCAUGCUUUGUGCUCCUCUGCGGAGAUCCAGCAGGUACAAUGUGGCACCGGUCUCUGAAAAGCUCUCAGACUUGAAGAAGAGGGGGAAGGUUCACAUUCAGGACUUGGUCAAGGAGGCGAGUUUGUCAACCAACACCUCCAACACCUGGAACAGACCUCGCUGCGGUGUGCCAGACUACCCCGCCCAGAAGGAGGUGCAUUAUCAGGGACGACACCGCCAGAGGCGCUACGUCCUGUAUGGAGGACGAUUGGACAAGACAGACCUCACCUACAGGAUCGUCAGGUUUCCCUGGCAGAUGGGCGAGGAAAAAGUUCGACGUGUCUUUCGGGAAGCGCUGAAAAUCUGGAGUGACGUCACCCCACUAACCUUCACUGAGAUUCACAGCGGGAAGGCUGACAUCCGCAUCGACUUCACGAGGUACUGGCAUGGAGACAACCUUCCCUUCGAUGGCCCCGGUGGGAUUCUUGCUCACGCCUUCUUCCCAAAAACACACCGACAGGGCGACAUUCAUUUUGACUAUGAUGAGGCAUGGACCCUGGGAAACCACAUGGGCACAGACCUUCUCCAGGUUGCCGCCCAUGAGUUUGGGCAUGUCCUGGGCCUGCAGCACUCGCGUGAGCCGGGAGCCAUCAUGUCCGCAUACUACUCCUUCUCCUACCCACUGAAGCUUAGCGACGAUGACAAGCGAGGCAUCCAGUACCUGUACGGAGCUCAUCCAAACGUUCUGCCAUCACCACCACCCCCACCGCCACCUCCAGAAAACACUGAGACCAACGAGAUUGUUCCUAAUCCUAACGCCUGCCAGACGGACUUUGAUGCUGUGUCUAUGAUCCGAGGGGAGCUGUUCUUCUUUAAGUCGGGCUACGUUUGGAGGAUCAGAGACGGGCAUCUGGAGAGCGGUUACCCAGCACUGGCAUCCCGUCACUGGAAGGGGAUUCCCGACAACAUCGACGCUGCUUUUGAAGACAAGUCAGGGAAUAUUUGGUUCUUUCAAGGUGAGAACUACUGGGUUUUUGACGCUGAGAUGCAGAUCCGGGGGCCAGAGUCCAUCAGGAAUUUGGGUCUUUCGGUGCCUGGAAUCCAGGCGGCGCUGCGCUGGGGCCAUGACUCCAACUACAACACCUACUUCUUCAAGUCGGGCAGUUACUGGAGGUUCAGCCCCCGCGAAAACCGCGUCGAGUCCAUCUACCCGCGCAACAUGCAGGACUGGAGCGGCAUUCCUUCUGACGUGGACGCUGCCUUCCGGGACAUCUACGGCUACGCUCACUUCAUCAGAGGACGACAGUACUGGAAGUUUGACCCCGUCGCCAUGAACUUUUUGGAGGGUUACCCUCGUUACAUCGGCGUGGAUUUUUUUGGUUGUAGAAACAUGUGAGUGUGAAAAUCUCUGGAGAAUCAGAUUUUUGACAAUGAAGAGGACGUUUGUGUGUUCGGAUUCAAGAGGAUGAUCCCCUUUAAGUCUGUUAAUGCUUCACUCCAUUUAUUAAUGCUCAGACUUUACACCUUCUUCUCAGGUAAACCAAGUUCCCUCAGGCUUGGCACCUCCUGUGCAGCUACACUCAUGUUUAUUUUGCACAUUUUUGUCACCAUAUGGCUGAGAUCUGGGCCUUGUGUUUAUGACGGGUGAUACUGAUGUGAACUGCACCGCCAUCGCCUCCUUUCUUUGAGCCUGAAAGUGAGACCGAACUGGUGCCAACAGUCUCAUUCCCUGCAGUGAGUGUUUCCAUUUCAGCAGGUUUGUGACCUAUCGAUGUUUGAAGAGUGACAUCACAUUUAAAUCUGCAUUGGUUUAAGCUUAUGUCUUGUACAUACUUAACACUAUACCUUUAAAUCCAGAAAUCCCUCAUGUCUGUCAAACUUUGUCCCUUGCACUGAACUAAAAGUAUAACCACUCUACAGAAUGCAGAGAAAGAUGGGUAGCAUAUACAGUGCUGCUUCAGAGGAUGUCCUGAAAGUAGUCACAGAGAACCCAUCAAACAAAUGAAACAGAAAUAUUAUAUUUGUGUGUGUGUUUCUGGAAAAUGAGCCAAUUAAUACAUAUCCAUGGUUGGUAAAAGUAAGUCAGCCUUAUUUUCAUUUGUAUCUGUCCACCAAUAACAGCAGUUAAAUAUCUCCAGUAACUUCUGAUCAGCAGUCUACUGCAGCUUGGGUGAGUUUUGGUCCAUUCGUCAGAACAGAACCACUUCACUUGUUGAUGGGUUUCCUCAUGUGAACUGCUUGCUUCAGAUGCCUCUAUGCUUUUCUAUUUCAUUAAGGUCGGGACUUGACUUAGCCAAAAAAUUCCAUUCACGCCUGCGGAAUUGUUGCGUCCAAACUAUCUACAGAUGGUUUUGUAACAUUUUCCAGCCUGAUGCGCAACAACAACUCCUUUUCUGAGCUCAUGCAUUUCCAUAAACAUGUUUUGAGAAGAUCAGACUUAGACAAAUCCCAGAUUUGUAUUUAACUAAAUGAGGUUGGAAUGACUCCUCCUCUCAUCACUAUUACAAACACUUCUGAACAGAUGGACUCUGAUUCGGUCUUAACUUGUAAUCCUAGAGGUGAACUUACUUUUGCACCUCACAGAUGUGUAAUAUUGGCUCAUUUUCCACAAAUGCACAUGUGUAGCAUUUCUGUUUCAUUUGGUUGAUUGUGCACCUUUUGUCUGUAGAAAAUUCUGAGGGGGUGCAACACCUUUGAGCGGCACUGCCAUGUUUAGUAAUUAAACAAUAGAAUUUACAGGAUCUCUUUCUCAGAGUGUGAAACCUUGAAGAAAUGCAGUGUUUAAAUAAAUACAAAAAUAAUUUGAUGUCACUCUCCAAAUAUGAUGUUUGUUGCAGGAGAAGCUGCAGGGCGCCAUCUAGAGGGCAGAGAAUCAUCUUUUAUGAAGUCGUUGCUUUUCUGUACCAUGGUGCUUUUGUUUAUGUUUUACUAUUGAUCAGGGAGACAUCCAGGGACUGCAGCUCCUGUGAAGGUCAGCGGUUCUCAACCUUAAAUGAACUUCAUAUGCCUCUGUACAACGAUAAUAAUAUUUCAGUCCUCAAACAAUUACUUAUUUUACAUUCUAUGCUUCAACUGCAUUGUUGGAUUGUUGUGAUUUUGUAUGACAGACCACACUAGCAUACAAUGCUAAUUCUAAUUUGUUUUGCAGUAUCACUUUCAGGAAGUGACAAACAGCAAAUCUUCACAUCUACAAAUGUGUAAUUAAGUUGUUUUUUCCAGGACAAUGUUCUGUUCUAAACAUCUAAAAUUAUUGUUUUUUUUUUUUUAAUAUUAUUUUGUCCCUGUGUUUAAAGGUUUAGAGGAGUCAGGCUAACUCAUCAAGCUAACUCAAUCAAGAUUUUAUUGGAUUUAUAAAUGGAAGGUCAUUUAACAGCUAUUUUAGAUUGAUUAAUUAGCAAAAAAAGCAAAAACAUUAUUUCUUUAAAUUAUUAUUUACAUAACAUUAUUUAAACUCAAUUGAAACUCACUUAAAACUCAGAAAGGCUCUCUGAUUAAGUUGCUUUCCUUCCAAGUAACCUGCAGUGGCACUAAUUCAUGUUAGACACUGUUUUGACAGUUUUUUUUGUUUCAAAGAUGUAGAAGUGUUGCAACGUGUUUGUGGCUCAGUAGGUUGAGAACCGCUGGUCCUGCCAAUCCGACGUUUCCUCUGCUGCGCCCCUAGUCACAGCACUUGAAAUGUGAAGGCUCAGUUUAGACUCCCGUGUUCACCAGGUGUUUUCAGUGCAGGACGCUGACGAGUAGUUUUACAGUCGUUUUACAGUCACAUUACUGCAUCAUUGUGUUUCAAGUGUCACUCGGUGGCCACUUUAAAACUUAUUUAUACACAACUUAGCAAAGGUUUCUUGUACAUAUAUGUGUCUUUUUUUAAUCACGUGUAGUCCACACUCAAUAUGUUCGUUGAAAUGUAUGAACCAUGUACUGUUUUUUUUACUAAGUUACAUCUAAUAAAAUGCAUAACCUUUUUA